AUGUCCUUUUCAAUUCCUAAGGAAUCCCUCGACGCUGAGAAACAGCACCCAUACAUUCUGAUCGACAGCCUCGGUGACAAAUCACCCAAGCUCUGGCCAGCCUGGAAGCGGUGGUCGCUGACUGUCUUCACGGGUGUUAUCGCCAUUGCGUCUGCUUUCACCUCUGCCUGCACAACCGGUAUAGCCGAGGACAUAAUGGCCGAGUUCAAUUUCAGCGACGAUAUUGAUGCCACGCUCUGCCUCAGUCUGUACAUGCUCGGUUAUGUACUCGGCCCAAUUUGGGGACCAGCGAGCGAGGCAUUCGGCCGUAAAUACACGCUAAUAUCCUGUCUCUGGAUACUCACUCUCUUCAACAUAGGUGAUGCACUCGCACACACACCCGCCGCGCUCUACGUAUGUCGUUUCUUUGCCGGGUUCUUCGGCGGGUGUAUGAUCAUAGUCGUCGGCCCACUCAUCGGCGACAUGUUCACAGCGAAAGACAAGCAGCUAGCAUUGGCGAUAUACGCGUGCUGUCCAUACCUAGGACCGAGCAUAGCGCCGAUAGUUAGUGGGUUCAUCCACGACAGCGGGGUUGGGUGGCGGUGGGUGUUCUGGGUGGUGACUAUUUUCUGCGCAAGCUGCGCCCUCGCCGCUCUAGUGCUGCUGCCGGAGACGUACGAGCCUGUGCUGCUGACGCGCGAGGCAAAGCGGCGACGCAAGGCAGGCGAUAGCAACUGCGUCGCACCCAAAGAGCUCACUAGCAAGGGACUCGCCGAUACAGCCUCACUCAUCUUCUCCAAACCUUUCAUCAUGCUCGCGCGGGAGCCCAUGCUCGCUGCUCUCUCCUUCUAUAGCUCUUUCGUGUACGGUGUCCAGUAUCUCCUCUUUGAAGCUUUUCAGUUCGUUUACUCGGCCGAGCGGGGCGGACACGACAUGAGCAAUGGCGUGCGCGGUCUGACGUUUCUGCCACUGUCUAUUGGUAGCGCUCUCGCGGCGCUCGUCACUGCGCUCUUUUUCAAUCGCCGUUACGUGAAAAAGAUGGAAGAGACUGGGGAGAAGCCCCCGCCGGAGAUUCGCCUCGAGGGCGCAUGCCUUGGCGGAGUGUUUGGAGUUGUCUUCUUUUUCUGGUUCGGGUGGACCAGCUACCCGUGGAUCAGCCCGUGGUCGCCAAUAGUCGCCAGCACACUAUGGGGAGCCGCCCAGUGCAUGGUCUACCUCGCUCAGGUCAGCUACAUCAACGACUGCUACUCUAUCAGUGCUGCUAGUGCGCUGAGCGGACUGGUGAUGUGUCGCAGUGUCUUCGGUGCUGUUUUUCCUCUUUUUGCUAAUAAGAUGUACGGUAGCAUUGGACCACGCUGGGCUUGCACUAUCCUGGGCGUCGUUCAAAUUAUCCUCGCUUUCGUCCCCUGGGUGCUUAUUUGGAAAGGGCCGGCUUUUAGAGCUAGAUCUAAGUUUGGGGAGUAG